UUCUCUCCCUCUCUCUUUCUCACUUCCCCUCCCACCCCCCUUUCCGUCCAGCACCAGACAGUAGUGUUCGUCUCUCCUCUGGACAACAAGCCUUCAGCAUGGCAGCAACAGGAGAAGGGUGGCGUCCGCUUCUCUGCUUGAUCUUCAUAGCAACACUACCAGUCAGGUCCUCUGUAACAGCCGUCAAGGUAACGGAGGGUGAGGCAGCCAUCUUGACUUGCCAGUACUCCGUGAAGCGUUUUGGCGUGAGUCAUGUGUGCUGGGGACGGGACUGUGGAACCUUCUGGUGCAACGACAUCCUCUUGCAGACAGAUGAGAAUGGCAUGAUCUCCAAGUUGUCGGACCGUUACCGGCUGACUGGGGAUGCUCUGGCGGGGCGUUUGGAUCUACUCAUCCUCCAGGCCCAGAGAACGGACAGUGGGCUGUACUGUUGCCGGGUAGAUAUCGACGGCAUCUUCAAUGAUAAAAAAGUCACCCACAGCCUGAGGGUUAUUAAAGCUCCAGCUGUUAGCAUCCAACCCACCACAACCACAGAAGAAACCACAGAGCCUCCCCUUCCUACAGAACAUUGGGCAGUUGCUGAGUCACCUUAUGUAGAUGUUCACAGACGGAAUUCUAGCGUGUUGGUGCAUUCGGGGACAGUUCUGGAGGAUGUGGUCCCUGCACUGUCUCUGCAGAUCAACGUUCCGGUGCUCUCUCUCUCCCUCAGUCUCCUGUUGUUGUUGCUUGGAGCUCUGGCCCUGCUGGCUUUCAAACGAGGAAUCCACCUGAGAUCUCUGAAGACAGGCUGUCUCUCAACCAAAGAACCGCCUCACAUUAUCUACGAGAUCCGGAUGAGGAGACCCGUCGAGGAGAACAUCUACACGCUGGACUAG